CGAUACCGAAAAACGAAUGAAUGUUACUUGUAUUACACAGAGUUUAUUACCGAUUUGCUAUGUACAAUGGCUUGCCUAUGUAAAAUGAAGUCGUUUCUUAUCAAAAAUGUUGUUAGCAAACGUUUGAGCGAACUCCCGUCGUCUAUUUCAAUUCACUAUCCGCCUUAUGUAUCAACUCCAGCAACAUUUUCCACCGUAUGCUUCGGUGGAGCUUCUCCUCUAACUCCUCCAACUCUCGCCCACCCUUCAUGAACGUUCUUAAAGAAUGUAUCGUGGAAUUUGAUAACCUAUGAUCCGUCACACGGUCUUGAUUGUAAUUAUAUGUUCUAAUCUUUUCGUUUCUGGUCUGUUUUCCCACCUGCUUCUUACGCAAUCCACCGAUAAACGAAGUUUGCUUCUCGUACUGCUGCUCGUACAGUAAGCUUCUUAAUUUCAUUAAAGCCCACUGUUUGUUCCUUAUCUGUGACUUCAUUAUCUGGCAAGUUACAGCUAUACCAGUCGGUAGGUGAGUUACUCUAACUGCUGAAUCCGUACUAUUUACAUGCUGGCCUCCUGGACCGGAAGAUUUUUUCCCUUCUAUCUUUAAAUCUUUCUUAUUCAGUACAAUUUCUAUUUCCGAGGGCUCUGGCAAAAUAAUCACUGUGGCCGUACUUGUAUGCAUUCGACCAGAUCUCUCUGUCGCUGGUAUUCUUUGUACCCUAUGUACACCACCUUCGUAUUUAAAUUUCAUAUAUGCCUGAGUGCUUGUCACUGCUAUAACAGCUUUCCUUAUACCACCUGUUUCAUUAUUGUCCAUUUGUAUUAUUUCAUAGUCUAGUUGCAAGUACUCUAAAUACCCUAUGUACAUGUUCAAUAAAUCAUGGGCAAACAGCAUAGCUUCGAGCCCUCCUACACCUGGUAUUAUUUCUAUAAUAAGAUUGUUAUAGUUUUCUUCAUCCAAAUGCUGUAAAAUAACAUCCAAUAUCUGUUUAUCGAUAUCUUGCAUCUGCUGUACAUACAUUGCUUCCUCUUCUUUAACAAGGCUUUCCAUGUCUUUAUUGUUACCAACUAAAAAGCAAUUUAUCUGUUAUGUUGGUAUUAAGGAAUACAACAAAGGUAACAACCAUAUACAAAAUAAUGAAACCAUGAUGUUUUAUAUGAAUCUUAUUAGAUGAUAAUUCUAAGAACUCUCAUGUAACAUCAGUGCUCCAAAAUUCUUUAGGCGCAUAUGACAUGCAUAAACGUACACUGAAUAGUUUGAUUCCAUUACCUAUUUUAUAAUUUUCAUUCACCAAUAAAUAAGCAGCAAAGGUAAACGGUAUAUUCUAUUUAAAUAACUUUCAGCGAUUUCCUACAAUAAGAAACUAACGCAAAAGAUUAUAGUUCCAUUAUUUUGUGGCUAGAAUGCUCGAAGACUUACCAAAGUCCUUUAAACUGUUCAUGUUCUGUAGUAUACAUAAUUUUUCAUUCAACAAGUGCGACAAUGUUUGUACUCCCAAAAUUUCCUUGAUACUUUGACUUUUCACAUUCUUAUUUUGGUACGCGGAUAUAAGAUAAUUCAUAUACCUUUUGACAUUUUCAUCAGUCACGGAUAAAUUAGUUUUUGUACAGAAUAGAUUCUUACAAAUUGGAGGGACUUCUGUGUUGAGGUUAAGCAAUGCCGGAAGACUAGAUUCAAGUGAUUUAACUUCAUUAACUGUGUUCCUCAAGCUACAGGACAUGUUAAGAACAUGUCCUCGUAGAAGGAACAACAUAUUUCAGGCUAAAUUAUGAAAUAAAAAUAUACUCAAACCGCCGAAUACAUUCCGAAGAAAUCCUAUCCCUCCAUGGCGCACUAUUUUCAACUGAAGCAGCGAUGCGCGUGUCGUCUGCUAUCAGGAUGGAAAACAUUGAAGACCUAUAAUCAAUUAAAACAUUUUUUCAAACACCUUACAGAUAACAUAUGCUUAAGACAGAUCUACAUUAUUCGUUGCAUUAUACUUCAUACGUGUACACACAUUUUCCUUAAAGCAAACCUGUUCCCAUAAAAACCGUAAACAGAAGAUAAUUAAAAUCUAGAUUGGCCAUUCACGACGCCGUCGAUUUCCUCUAUUGGUAAUAGUAAGUUGUACCACCAUUUCGAUAGUUUUUACAAUCUCGAUUCAAUUAAGUUUAUCCUGUUUGCAUACUGUUGAAAACCACGUUACCCGCUCACAUCGGCUCUCGUCAAAUUUAUUUUCGCCUUAUCACCUCGAUUUCGGAUGCGACAUUCGCUUCGGUGACCUCUUUCUUUGCAAUCAUGUUUCAGCCAGUUUUCUAAAACGUGCCAAGUACCACUAUGCCCGCCUGCAUUGGAAAAUAACAACACUUUAUUGUUAUUUCAUUCAAUGGUACGCAUCGUGAAGCAUCAAGGUGCGUGAGAGAAGCGCGCGCGUGCGGAAGUGAAACGAAAAACAUAUUCCACCAAUUGUAUCGAUUUUCUAACGAGUACACACGAUUCGCCGUUAAUAUAUUUCUGUCUUGUCCCUGCAACAUUAUACAUAUAAUACCGUUCCAUAAUACACGACACAAUGAAAGCACCAAAGCGAGUAUGAUCCCCUGAUAACUCGUCAUAAAUUUGUAACCGUGCAUUUUCAUCGUGGAAUCGUGUGCGUUCGGCGUCUCAUUAAUUCCAAAAAGCACGUGUCUAGGACACGAUUCCAAGGUACGAAUUUUCCCGAUUAUAAUUACAAAACGACUUGCUUCGCCGUGGGUUAGGUAGCUCUGAUAUUCGGGACAAGUGCGCCAGCGUACCGCACAAGAUAGAGAGAGAGCGGCGAGCAACGAGAGAGAAAGAGGAAGACACGCACGGUAGACCAGUAUAGAGCGGCACGAGCAGCUACGAUUGACGAUAUUAUUUUUCAUUAAAACAAGCAGCACGGGAAUUUCGAAAAAUACGUGCGGAACGUGACAAGGCUUUAUAAUAUUAUAACGAAAUCAUGGAACCUUGCGAGGGCUGCACGCAAGAGAAAGUGCAAGAAGGAGAAUAUGGAUUCUUCUGGCAAGAUUAUCUUGAUGCUACACAAAGCGUUGAAGUACCGCAGAUUAUGUUCCCACACGUGGAACUUACAUUGCAAAGUGGUAUUGAAAUUGGUAUGUCACUUGAAGUGCCACAUCCAAAAAAUGCAAACGAGGGAGAUCACAAAUUUUGGGUGGCUUCCAUUGUUAUGGCAUGUGGACCUCUGUUACGUCUACGAUAUUUUGGUGGGGAUGAUAGAUCCUUAGAAUUUUGGUUCAACCUUACCAAAGAAGCUGCUCAUGAGCUUGGUUGGUGUAUGAAGAAUAACAAAAAAUUAGAACCUCCUGACAUUGUACUUCAGAGGUCUCCAGACUGUGUAGAAAAGUUAACUGAAUUUUUGGCAACAGCUAGAACAGUUCCACCGGAAAUGUUGUCAGGGGAUGGUCUUAGCAUGACAGAGAGAAUUAAACAAGGCAUGAAGGUUGAAGUUAGUGAUACUCUACAUCCUUACAAAUUAUGGGUAGCUACGAUCAUAGAGAAUGUAGGAGGACGUCUUCUUCUAAGAUAUGACACACCUGGCUCAUCACGUAAAGACUUCUGGAUGUUCUGUACAUCAGAACAUCUUCAUCCAUAUGGAUUUGCUUCUAAGUCAGAUUCAACUUGGUUUUUAGAACCACCCAGUUCUAUAGUAGAAAUGCAUACGUAUGAAGAAUGGAAAGAUUUAUUAGAAACAACACCAAAAGACAAUGGUCUACUGGAAGAAUUAUUUCAUAAUAGUGUAGAACAUCAGAAACAUAAUUUUAAAGUUGGCAUGAAACUAGAAGCUUUAAGUCCGAGUGAUCAUAUGAAAAUAUGUCCAGCUACUGUCAUAAAAGUGCUUGAUGAUACUUACUUCCUUGUACACAUUGACAUGUACGAUGACUCUGUAAAAGCAGUUGAUAUAGAAACAUUUGUGUACAAUAGUACAGAAAAGAAUACUUGGCUUUGCACUGCAGAGCAUCCUUAUAUUUUUCCAGUAGGAUGGGCUAAUAAGCACAAUAUUAAAAUCUCGGCACCACAAGGUUGGACUUCGAAAGAGGCCGAGUUUGAUUGGGAUUUGUAUUUGAAAGAGACUCGGGCAACCGCUGCAGAAGAAACACUGUUUCCUGAAAGGCAAAGUGCUGCUGAUGCAGGCUUUGAAAAUGGAAUGAGAUUAGAAGCAGUUGAUCCAGGAAAUGAAAACAUUAUAUGUGCCGCGCAUAUUACAAACAUUGUUGAUAACCUCUUAUGGUUAAAAUUAGAUAAUUAUGAUAAUUCAUUGCCGGAGCAUAUAGUUGAUAUGCAUUCUCUGCAAAUAUUCCCUGUUGGAUGGUGUGAAUCUAAUCACUAUCCACUGAAACCGCCAAAAGAUUACGUAGAAGUUUGUAAACCGUUACAAACACCUCCAAAAGAGGACAAGAAAAAUAAAGUUUUAGAUAUACCAAUAUCUGAACCGCGUUCGUCGUUAUGGUGUCCAAAAAUAUACUUCAACUACCGUUGUUUCACUGGACCCAUGAUUUCAAAAGGAAAAUUAGCCACUUUACCAAAAGCCGUUGGACCUGGUCCUGUAAUUUUAGUUAUGAGAGAAGUAUUAUCGAUGAUUGUAUCCGUUGGAUACAGAAGUGCCCGUAUACUGAAAGUGUUACAAUGUGACUCAAAACCAGAUCCUGGUUACCACUUAGAAGUGCUAAAGGCAAAACAUAAAAAUAAUACUUAUCGUGCCAGUGUUGCUGUUGUCACAUCUGGAGACAUGGUAUCUGACUUUUGCAGAAAUAUUUGCAAAAAGCUGAUGGUGUGCCCAAAUCUCUUUGGGCCCUUAUACGUACCUGAGAAUGAAUGUCCGGAUAGAUGUCAUAAAACGUCUAAAGCAAAAUUCACGGCAUCAGUUGGUACUGGAAGAAGAGGGAAACCCAAGGGCUAUACUAGUAUUAUGGUACAGAAGCCAAAGCCAUGGGGUGGUCGAAGAAAAAGGAGACGAGGCAGAUGGGCAAACAGAGAAAAAGAAGCGCACGAUGAUUUUGAUCAUGAAGACGAAAUGCCCUUUAUGUCACUAGAUUUAGCGAAGCAUGUAUCAGGUAUUGAAGGGCACCUCGAUGAUUCUGAAAGGCCGCAACUAUCUGAAAUAGAUAUCAUGAUUCAGAAGGGUUUAGAGAAAGCAGACAAAUCAGACGACUUUAAAACCGAACCACCUUCGAGUAAUGCCUCUGAAGAUUCUGGAAGCUCGUUUAACGAUAGAAAAACAAAAGAUGGAGGAAGUCCUAAUAACUUGAGUAACAAACAGCAUUCGUCCAAGUGUAGUCAAAGCAGUACUGUAACUAGGGCGAGCAAAAGAGAACGAGAUUGGGAUACAAGUAUCGAAUCAGACUGUUCAGAGGCAGAUGCCGAGUACGUAAGGAUGCAGAAAAAACAGAGACGGCCCAAAACACGAAAACUCGAUUCAAACCCGCUGUUUUGGAGCGUUGAUGAUGUAUUUAGAUACUUGAGGAAAACGAAUGACUGCAAAGACAUCGCGUAUAGAGUCAAACAAGAGGAAAUUGAUGGACUAGCAUUUUUAUUAUUAAAUCUGCCGUCUCUAACACAACACAUGAAACUGCGGACGAGCUUAGCUAUGAAACUUUGUCGCCACGUGGAACAAGUCAAAGUUACAUUCUUCUUACGUCAUAUAAACGAAGUAGAACCGGAACAAUAUCAAAUUGUGUAACUUAAUCGAUUAGAAAAUUAAAUUAAUUUUAUUAUUUAUACAAUGUAACAUAAUAUAUCGUGAGAAAAUGACGUGCAACGCUCAGAUAUUUAUUGUAUAGUAUUAACAGAGUGAUUUUUAAUUUAUGUAUAUGAAUGCAAGACUGCAUUAUCUUUAAAUAGGGUUGCAAUAUAUUUAAUAGUAGCACAAUAUAUUUAAAUUAUUUCUAUCACAUUGUAAUUUCUGAAUGGAGCUCAAUUUUAUUUGUAUAAAUCAAGUCCUUUAAGGAGAACGUCUAAGCCAUUCACGUAUGUUCAUUCUCGAAGUGUAUAAAAUUGUACAAAAUUCUAGAUUACAAUUUUGUUCCGUAGUUAACAUUACUAUUAUCAAUGUUUAUAUAGUACAAACUAUUUGAUCUUUUAUUUUGUAAAUUGACAAUAAAAUGAUGUAUUCAUGGUUACAAAGUGAACUUAAAUUCCAACGGAGCGCAUUAGUAAAUACGUUGACCCAAAACGCUUCGCUUCGCCCACUAGUCAUUUUCGUGCAGCUAAAUCUAAACUCGCAACAAUGUUAUCGCAUACUAUGUACCCGAAUUGUGCUUCUUGAAACACCGCCAGAUUCUGUAGGUAACACUCCCUGCAGGAAUGAUGAGUGCAUUGGAGAAAAUCAAUAAAAAGCCAUU